AUGGAGGACUUAGCAAAUACAUGGAAUAGACUUUCUUUGUCGGAUAGAGAGCAAAAGGGUUAUGUCCUCCGUUCUGACCAUCGCACGGGGGAAUAUCUGUUGGCUGCAAAAUUUUUAACCCCUCGCUUUCUUAUCAUGAAUGCCGUGGCAAAAACCUUUAAGCAACUUUGGAGGUCUACAAAUGGUUUUACGAUCAGACAUCUUGGGGAUCAUAAAGUCCUCUUUGUCUUUGAUAAUCUCCCAGACGUGGACCGUAUCAUUCUCCAUCAACCAUGGAGUUUUGAUAAAUAUCUCGUUGUUAUCCAGAGGUAUGAUUCUGACACUCCGGCUAGGAAACUUUUAUUUAAUAGGGCUACAUUUUGGGUGCAGGUUCAUGAUAUACCUCUCCGUUUUAUGACUAAGGAAAUGGCUGAGUGCCUAUGCGAAACAGUUGGUGAGGUCAGUAAAUCUACAGGUGCCGUGGAUGAGGAGGGUGGUCAUUUUAUGAGGGUCCGUGUUACUAUUGAUAUAAAUCUUCCUCUCUGUCAUGGUCGGGUGAUCACUCUCGUGGAUGGUGGUAAAUCCUGGGUGGCUUUCAAGUACGAGAGGCUGCCAAAUUUUUGUUACUGGUGCGGGCGAUUAACUCAUGACGAUAAAAACUGUGAGCUUUGGAUCCAAAGUAAGGGUACUCUUAAAGUUGAAAAUCAACAAUUCAACUCUAGUUUGAGGGUAGCUCCGUAUACAACGGCUGGUAAAGACGUUAUCUUCGUGCCUGGGUACUAUGAAGAUCGGAUUAAGCGAGCUCAUCAGUCCCCUGUUGUCCCUGUUGUUAGUCCAGUGGAGGUGGUAAUGGAGGAAACGCCGGCGGUGGUAUCUCAGCCCAUUUUGGAAACCGAAAAAUCUGGGGGUGAAAUUAAUGCCGAAUCUCUUUUAAAUUCAAAUUCACGUAGCGGAAAGGAGAAAGUAACGGGGGAGGAAUUUACGCAUUCCAGUCCAAAAAUAUCUGAGUCAACUGUGCAAUUAAACUUGGAUUCUCCUAGUUUUCCGGUCCCCAGUAAAGACAAUGAUUUAUUCUCGGCUGUCCUCCAAGAUAUAGACAAGGAAUUAUCCAAAUUUGAUUCCUCAAAUCCCGAGUUGGGAGGGAUUUCUAAUCCUGCAGUUACUAUUUGUCCACUCUCUUCUGCUCUUUCAAAACUCAAGGAGUGUGCUACUAAGCCUCCCAUAUCUCAAUCACGUGACUCAUUUAUUUCUCACGUGCCUCCUGUUUUGAUGAGUACGUCCUUGACAGAGGUCCCUAUUUCGAUUUCGUCUGAGGUUCCAGCACUUAAAAAAGGGACUUGGAAAAGGCAAACUCAAGCUAACCCACGGGUGGACUCAAACUGGGACAAGCCUUCCCCACAAAAACGUUCCUUAAACUCCUUGGAAGUUCCUAAUGAAUUACCAUGCAAGCGACGAUUGGUUUCUCAUCAGGAAGAGGUUCACUGUGAUAUAUUGGCAGAGGUUGCUCAGCAACCCUGCCAGAAGCAAUGA